AUGGAGCAGGAUGCAGCAGCAGCAGCAACCCCAGUUAAGAGGUAUCCAGAGAGCGAUGCGCAUCAAGAAUGCAGUUUUAAAUACUCCCUUCAUACGAAGACACGAUUUUACCCCAGGGCGUUUACUCCCCUCAAAAAGCCCCAUUUCAGCCGCGUAACUCUGGCCCCAAGAGGCGCCACACAGGAGGCAACCGUUAAUAACGGCCACAUGCCCGGCGAGGGGCUCACCCUUGGCACGCUCCCAGCGCUGCGGGCUGGCUGUGCCCACGGGACACAGGAUACGGGACAUGGGGCCGCGCUGCUGCGGGACGGCCGCGAGCGGGGUCGCCACAGUAACCGUGAAACGGUACCUUUUCAUUCAACUGUUUUAAAACCUGGCAGUUUGAAAAAGAAAGUCUUGAACUUGCAGUUCUGCUUCUCUUCAGAGUGCAAUUCUGGAAAUGAGUUAAUGCUUCUGUAUUCCAGAAGCUUUCAGCCCAGCACAACAAGCUGGGGCAAACCCAGGGGUGCAGGUGCUCAGAGAGGCUGCCGGGGCCGGCUCAUGCCAGGCAGCCGUGGGGAGCCCCCUUGUCCUCCUCAGCCCUGCGGCCCUGAGCCCUGCGGUCUCACGCUGCUGUCGUCAAAACGGUCAUUUCGCUGCAAGACGGGGCGCGCCCGUAGUUGGCCGUGCGUGCGGCUUAGUGUAGUUCAUCGUUGGGGAUGGCGCUCAGAUCGCCUUCAUUUUGCAAUUCUCUGCCAAAAACCAAAGAGUGGAGCUGCAAAUGCCCAUUAUUUCUGCAUAGAUGAUGAACUUGUAUAUGAGAACUUCUAUGCGGAUUUUGGACCACUCAAUCUGGCAAUGAUCUACAGAUACUGCUGCAAGCUAAAUAAGAAAUUAAAGUCAUUUUCAUUGAUAAGGAAGAAAAUAAUUCAUUAUACUGGCUUUGAUCAGAAAAAACAAGCAAAUGCUGCAUUUCUCAUAGGCUGUUACGCAAUAAUAUACCUGAGAGAAUCCCCAGAAGAUGUGUAUAGGCUUUUACUGGCUGGAAACAUUUCAUAUCUUCCCUUCAGGGAUGCAUCAUUUGGGACUUGCAGUUUUCAUCUAACUUUGCUGGACUGUUUUCAUGCAAUAAACAAGGCUUUGCGGUAUGGUUUCCUGGAUUUCAGUGUGUUUGAUGUAAAUGAGUAUGAGCAUUAUGAGAGAGCAGAAAAUGGAGAUUUUAACUGGAUAAUACCAAACAAAUUCAUUGCCUUCAGUGGACCUCAUUCAAGAAGUAAAAUUGAAAAUGGUUAUCCCCACCAUGCUCCAGAGGCUUAUUUCCCAUACUUCAAGAAACAUAAGGUCACCACUAUAAUACGCCUCAACAAAAAACUGUAUGAUGCCAAACGAUUUACAGAUGCUGGAUUUGAGCAUUAUGACCUCUUCUUUGCUGAUGGAAGCACACCCAGUGAUACUAUAGUUAAAGCAUUCCUAAAUAUUUGUGAAAGUGCUGAAGGUGUUAUAGCAGUUCAUUGCAAAGCUGGUCUUGGGCGAACUGGCACACUUGUAGCCUGUUACAUUAUGAAGCAUUACCGUAUGACAGCUGCUGAAGCUAUUGCCUGGAUCAGAAUAAAUAGACCUGGUUCUGUGAUUGGACCACAGCAACGCUUUCUGAUGGAGAAACAGGCAGAACUCUGGACAGAAGGAGAUAUUUUCCGUGCAAAGAUGAAGGAAAAUCGUAAUAUUGCUGUGACAAAAAUCCUGUCAGGAGUAGAUGAUAUUUCAAUUAAUGAUGCAAAAAACAGGAGAGCCAGACGAAAGGACAUUGAACUGUACAGUGAUGAAGAUGAAACAAACUGUGUAACACAGGGCGAUAAACUUCGUGCUCUGAAAAGCAGAAGGCAGACAAAAGCUGCAGCCACAUCUCCACUAACAGUAAUUCUACAGUCCAGUGUUCAGAAAACUAAAACCUCUGAACCUAGCAUUUCUGACUGUACAGACAUUACUAAAAGAACUACCAGGUCUGCUGCAAGAAAAAACAAUUUAAAAAGUCUGAUACCUCAGAGGGAGAGAAGGAAAAGGAAUGCUUUACAGCAAAUGCGCUUAAUGAAAUUAUGCAGCCAAUCCGUCCCAAGGACUAGAACAGUGUUGCGUUAAAUUUCAAAUAAGCAACCAGUCUUGAAGAGAAUAUUCAGGAGUGAAAGGGAUAUCACUAGAAAGGACUUAAUGCAAUUCAAAAAAGAAGAUUCUUUGUCUCCAUAUUUCAGCAAAGAUUAAACAGAAAAUGUUGUCCAAUUUGUAGAAUAAAAUGAACUGUCGACCUGCUUAAUAGACAGCUUCCUAGUAUGCUAAACACUUCCUCAAGCAAAAUCAAUGAAAUCUAACUGUAAAUUUAGACUCAGGUGUAAAUACAUAAGCUCUCUAUUAUAAAGAGGGCUUGCUAGUACAUAUGAUGCAUGUGUAUAACUGUGAUGGCAAUCACUUAGUUGCUGACCACCAGAAGUGAAAAGAGGGUGGGAGCUUUUAAAAUAUUUAAAGCUGUGUUGCCCAUUCAGAUUGGGCUUGGGCUGAAGUCUCCAGCAGAGAGUGAAACUCAGCUGAAAAGCCUU